UACUAAAGAUUUCACUGAUGAAAACUCAGCAAACUCUUAAUCACGAAGUGUUUUGCCAACUACAUUAAGACUUUAGAAGGACAAUACCUGGUGCCAGUCUCCAAGCCGCACUAACUACUGCCACAGAGACAUCCAGAUCCUUCAGAUCAACACAACAACCAGGCAGCGAAGAGGAAAUGGAGGCCCCAGGCAACCUCACCUCCCUGCCCAGGAACAGCAGCGCCUGUGCCAGGGACUACAAGAUCACCCAGAUCCUCUUCCCGCUGCUCUACACUGUCCUGUUUUUUGUCGGACUCAUCACAAACAGCCUGGCAGUGAGGAUUUUCUUUCAAAUCAACAGUAAAUCUAACUUCAUUAUUUUUCUAAAGAACACAGUCAUUUCUGACCUUCUCAUGAUUCUGACUUUUCCAUUCAAAAUUCUUAGUGAUGCUGAACUGGGACCAGGAUCCCUGAGAACCUUUGUGUGCCAAGUCACUUCUGUCGUAUUUUACUUCACAAUGUAUAUCAGUAUUUCCUUCCUUGGGCUGAUAACUAUUGACCGUUACCAGAAGACCACCAGGCCAUUUAAAACAUCCAACCCCAGUAAUCUCUUAGGGGCCAAGAUUCUCUGCGUCAUCAUCUGGGCCUUCAUGUUCUUCUUCUCUCUGCCUAACAUGAUUCUCACCAACAGGAGGCCGAGAGACAACAAUGUGAAGAAAUGCUCUUUCUUCAAAUCGCCGUUCGGACUCGUCUGGCAUGAAAUAGUCAAUUAUAUCUGUCAAGUCAUUUUUUGGAUUAAUUUUUUAAUUGUAAUUGUAUGCUACACGCUCAUUACAAAAGAACUUUAUAGAUCAUAUGUAAGAACAAGGGGAGCAGGCAAAGUUCCCAGGAAAAAGGUGAAUGUCAAAGUUUUCAUCAUCAUCGCUGUGUUCUUUAUUUGCUUUGUUCCUUUCCAUUUUGCCCGAAUUCCCUACACCCUGAGUCAGACCCGGGAUGUCUUUGACUGUGCUGCAGAGAACACUCUGUUCUACGUCAAAGAAAGCACGCUCUGGUUAACUUCCUUGAACGCAUGCUUGGAUCCAUUUAUCUAUUUUUUCCUUUGCAAAUCCUUCAGAAAUUCCUUGAUAAGCAUGCUGAAGUGCCACAAUUCGGGAAAAUCUCCAUCCAGAGAAAAAAGAAAGAAAGAACAGGAUAGUGGUGACCCAAGUGAAGAAACUCCAAUGUAAACAAAGUUCCCAAGAGAGUGUUGCAAGCUGCUCGCAUUAAGAAGCCCUCAAAGGAAAGCACCAAGUAAAAAUGUCAACACUAAGAAGCAGAGGGGCUGGGGCCGGGGACAAGGCUCAGUACAAUAAGCGCUUCCCUGACAA